AUGCUGUUCUGUUGUUAUUCAAGGUUUUUCCUUUUUUUGUUUUUCCAGACGAAAAAGGUUAAGGAAGGCACAAAGGGCCAAAAGCAAAUAGUUACAGAAAAUCAAGAUACUUUAACUUUUUAUAGAAAUAUGGUUUUUGGAGCUAGUGCCAUUUAUUUUCUCGGAAUGAUGAUUUUCUCAUCAUUUAAAACAGUUGAUAUUGUAUUGACUUUAUUCUCUGUAGUUUCUUACACUGGAAGUUAUCAAUUUAUGGUACACAUGUCGAAAGCUAAAUAUUCAGAUUCUGGACAAUUAAUCGACAGUGGUGUUGAUCUUAAUUUGCAAGGUGGUGUCGCAGAGCAUGUCAAGGACUUAAUCAUUUUAACAGCAGGUUGUCAGGUUUUAUCAUUAUAUUCGAAUUAUUUUUGGUUAUUAUGGCUUCUCGCUCCUAUGAGAGGAUUUUGGAUAUUAUGGAAAAAUAUUUUACAACCUUACUUCAUGCAACAACCGCCCAAUAAUCCAGAAGUCGAUGAAAAGAAACAAAAAAAAUUAGAGAGAAAAAUGAGAAGGCAUAUGAUGCAUUAA